GAGCCAAGCAAAGCAUGAUCACAAACUUGCAGCUCUCUAAAGCUGUGCAGAGCAGAGGAAAGCAGCUUCAGCCAGACAUCUUAGACAGAGCACCGGGGAAAGAGCAAAGAGGAAUCUCUGGAUUUAUCUUUUUUAAAACGAAGGGAAUCUGCUAAACCUGGCCACGGAUCUGGGUGGAUUUACUGUAGCCGUUGACACUUUGAUCGUCAAGCCUUUUAACCUUCUUCCUAGUGGCUUAAAGGCGUGCUUGAUUCUAGGGUGAAAAGAGAGCCAUUAUGGAUUCAGAGGCUUCCAAUGAUCUGACUAGAGGAUGAAACAUCCUGUGGACUUUGUCUGGUCUCCCAUCACUGCCUACUUAAAAACAAACAAACACACGGCUCCACUUUUAGAAUGUCUGGAUCUACUCAGCCUGCUACACCAAGCCGAAGGACCGGCGAAGCCCGCUACACAUCACAUGCCCUUUCUUACCCAAUGCCGUUACCCCGCACACACAUGGAAUCAAAUAUUCUAGAAUAUCAGCACCAUCCCAGAGAUUAUAAUUCUCAUAUGGUCCAUGGAUCUGUGCUCCAGAGGAGGAGGCCGUCGCUGCUUUCUGAAUUUCAACCGGUUAAUGAAAGGUCUCAGGAUCUACAUGGCAGAGGAGAUUCACAUUCCUACCUAACAGACUUGAGUAAACAGACGGACAUGGAUAUGUCUGAGACCAAGAGGCCCAGGCUGGACAUGUUGCAGGACCAGCUGAUGCGACACUCUCCUCAUAUCAACCAGAACCAGCAUGGAGGAGGGGAAGAUCUAAGCAAGGAUCGCAGUAUGGGUGGGAAGCUAGAACCUGUCUCUCCAUCUAGUCCGGCUCGUGUGGAUGGAGAUCUAGAUCUGUUACCUUCCAGACUUUCCAAAGAGGAGUUGAUUCAGAACAUGGAUCGGGUGGACCGUGAAAUCACCAUGGUAGAGCAACAGAUCUCCAAGCUGAAGAAGAAACAGCGACAGUUGGAGGAGGAAGCCGCGAAACCACUAGAGCCUGAGAAACCAAUCUCUCCUCCGCCAAUUGAAUCAAAACAUCGGAGCCUGGUCCAAAUUAUCUAUGAUGAGAACAGGAAAAAAGCAGAGGCAGCUCACCGGAUACUAGAAGGGCUUGGACCUCAAGUUGAACUGCCUUUGUACAACCAACCUUCAGAUACCAAGCAGUACCAUGAGAACAUUAAAAUAAACCAGACGAUGCGGAAGAAACUGAUACUGUACUUUAAGAGAAGGAAUCAUGCACGCAAGCAGUGGGAGCAAAAGCUCUGCCAGCGCUAUGACCAGCUGAUGGAGGCUUGGGAGAAAAAGGUUGAACGCAUUGAGAAUAAUCCGCGGAGACGUGCCAAGGAGAGCAAAGUACGUGAAUACUAUGAAAAGCAAUUUCCAGAGAUUCGCAAGCAGAGAGAACUUCAGGAACGUAUGCAGAGCAGGGUAGGACAGAGAGGAAGCAGCUUGUCUUUCUCUGCAGCUCGCAGUGAACAUGAAGUUUCAGAAAUUAUUGACGGCCUUUCAGAGCAGGAGAGAGCGAAGGACAACAUAUCCCCCUUCCAAAGAGGAUCUAUCUUGGGGAACCGCUGCACUGCAGCUAGGAAGGGAGACUGCAGUCUUCUUCCCCAUCAACAGCUGCAAUGGAACCUGGAGAAGCAGAUGCGUCAGCUGGCAGUCAUCCCCCCCAUGCUGUUUGAUGCAGAGCAGCAGCGCAUUAAGUUCAUAAACAUGAAUGGUCUGAUGGACGACCCCAUGAAGGUGUAUAAGGACCGGCAGGUCAUGAACAUGUGGAGUGAACAAGAGAAAGACACCUUCAGGGAAAAAUUUAUUCAACAGCCAAAGAACUUUGUGUUCAUUGCGUCAUUCUUAGAAAGAAAGACUGUGUCAGAUUGCGUCCUUUUUUAUUAUUUGACCAAAAAGAAUGAGAAUUACAAGAACCUUGUAAGAAGAAAUUAUCGGCGCCGUGGGAAGAAUCAGCAGCAGAUGCCCCGCUCUAAUCAAGAAGAGAAAGAUGAAAAAGAGAAGGAGGGAGACAAAGAAGAAUUCAAGCAGGAGCUGGAAAAUGACAAGGAGGAGCUUGUAAAAGAGAAGAAUGAAGAUACAUCUGGAGAUGAGAAUGAUGAUAGGGAAACCAUAACCUUAAAGGGGCGCAAAACUGCCAAUAGCCAGGGUCGGCGCAAGGGGCGCAUCACAAGAUCUAUGGCAAAUGAAGCAAACGAGGAAGCUGCAACCCCUCAGCAAAAUGCAGAUUUGGCUGCCAUGGAGAUGAAUGAAAGCUCACGAUGGACUGAAGAGGAAAUGGAAACUGCCAAGAAAGGUCUGUUUGAACAUGGGCGCAACUGGUCCGCCAUUGCCAGAAUGGUGGGUUCAAAGACCGUAUCUCAGUGCAAGAAUUUCUAUUUCAACUACAAGAAGAGGCUGAAUCUUGAUGGCAUCUUACAGCAGCAUAAACUGAAGAUGGAAAAGGAGAGGAACAGCAGGCGCAAGAAGAAAAAAGCUGCGCAAAUGGAAGAGGCUGUGUACCCUCCUGCUGCUGAAGACGAGGAGAUGGAGGCAUCAGGAAUAAGUGGAAAUGAGGAGGAAAUGGCAGAGGAAGGAGAUACUGCAGUUAAUAACAGUUCAGACACAGAGAGCGUUCCUUCUCCAAGGCAGGAAGCCAAAGAGAGAGAACAGGAGACCAAGUCAACUGACCCCACUGUUUUGGAAGCAAAUGAUGAGGAGGCUACCAAUCCUGAGGACUCUUCUUCUGGGGCUUCUCAGGAGAGUACAGAAAAGACAGGUUCCGAGGAGGUUGCACCAAAGGAAGAACCAGAGAUUGAUAUAGUUAAAAAAGAGGAGGGUGAACAGCAAGAAAGAAAUACCUUUGAGGAGCCAGAUAAGGAGAUAAAGCAAGAGGAGCAGGAGGACUGUAAAGAAAAUUUACUAGAAAAGACAGUGGAACCAUCUAAGGAGGCAUCAGAGGGAACAACAAAAACUGAAAAGAAACACAGCAAAUCAGGUGGAAAAGCCAAUGCGGACAGUGACUCCAGUGCCACUUGUAGUGCAGAUGAAGCAGAGGAUCAGGACCCUGCAGAAAAAAACAGGCUGCUAUCUCCCCGACCCAGUUUGUUGAGCCCUGGCAGUGAUGCUCGUGUGAACUCCUCGCCUCAGAAGCCACUGGACCUGAAACAACUGAAACAGAGAGCAGCUGCUAUACCACCCAUAAUUUCAGAGGGCUUCUCUGAGUCUCUUUCUCAGAACACGACCACAAAAACACAGAUGACCCAUCAUGCCCUGGCCCUUUACCAAGAGCAGAUCACAAAGGUUCAUGAAUCAUCCCAGGACGGCCUAGCCCUCAGCAUGCAAACCCAGCCUCAUUUACCACCAGAUAAAGAGCAGCAAACUAUCAGUAGUCCUAUAAGAAACAGUAGAAGCCCGGCAACUGGGGACAACGAUGAGAAAGCCACACAUUUGCCAUUACAGGCUGAGGGACAGAGACAAAGUGCAGAACAGCCCUGUAUUACUUCCUGGCCCCAGUAUCAAGUGCCUGCACGGGAGGUUCUUAAGCCUCCCUCUCAGCAUGAAGCCGUGUCCCAGUAUAACCCCCAAGUUCACCCAGUGCCACUAAACCUGCAUGAUGGCUCCCGGUCUGGCGUCCCUCGUAUUCCCAGCAUAUCCAACCCCCCUCCUCUAAUCUCCUCCAGCAAACACCCAGCUGCUAUUGAAAGACCCAUGGGCUCUAUAUCUCAGGGUGUUCCUAUCCCGCAUAAUACUCCAUACAGUUCUGAACAUGCCAAGGUCCCUGUUGGCUCUAUCACAAUGGGUUUACCGCUGAAUAUGGACCCUAAAAAACUGGUGCCUUUCUUAGGUGUGAAACAGGAACAGCUUUCUCCUAGAAGUCAACCAAACCAGCCGGAGAACCUAGUGGUGCAGACUUCACAGGAGAGCUCAGUGUUUAGAGGCACACCUCAAGGAGGAAGUCUCACCAAGGGUAUGCCAAGCAGCAGAGCACCUCCGGAAAAUCCAUAUCCAUACCGAGGAUCCAUCACACAAGGCACUCCAGCAGAUGCCCUUUACAAAGGAACUAUUACAAAGAUUAUGGGAGAAGACAGUCCUGGCAGGACAGAGAGAAUGCGUGAGGAGGCACUAUCCAAAGGUCACGUCAUAUAUGAAGGCAAGAAAGGCCACAUCCUUUCUUUUGAUGGCAACUCCACGUCUCAGAACCCCAAAGAGGAGAAUCGUGCACCGGGAUCUUCCCAUGACACCAGUUCUUCCAAACGCACUUAUGACAUGAUGGAAGGACGGAUCCCACGUGGCUUACAUGUCCGUGAUUUGCCUGCUGGUACUCUUGAAGGUUUGAUUAGCAGAUCAAUUCCAGGAGAAAGGCACAGCCCCCACAGCAUGAAAGAAUCCCAGCAACACAUCAGGGGCUCUAUAACACAGGGAAUUCCUCGCUCCUACAUUGAAGCCCAUGAGGACUACCUCAGAAGAGAAGCCAAGCAGCUGAAGAGAGAAAGCACUCCGCCACGAGGUCUGCCUGAAGGCUAUAAAGUCAGGCCCCUUGAAGGCCUUCCCAACCAGUUGAAGAUGAAAGCACCUGACACCAUGGUGGCCACUGUGAAGGAAGCAGGGAGAUCUGUCCAUGAGAUACCGAGGGAGGAGAUGAGACACACACCUGAAAUGCAGGUUACACCCAGAUCUCAUAAGGAAGGCUCAAUUACACAGGGUACCCCUUUGAAGUAUGACAGUGGUUCCUCUUCUGUAAGUGCCAAAAAACAUGAUGUACGGUCCAUUAUCGGCAGCUCUGGAAGGCCGUAUCAUACUCUGCAUCCAGUGGAGGUCUUACAAGACCCUAGGACUAUGGAAAGAGUGUGUUACGAGGAGCUGAUGAAAGGUCGGCCCACCUCUGUGACAACUGCUGGAGGCUCUAUAACCAGGGGAGCUCCAGUAAUUGUACCAGACCCUGGAAAACCCAGACAUAGCCCCCUUUCCUAUGAAGACCACCACAUGGCUCAUGCAGGAGCUUUCAGCAGCCAUUUAAAUAGAGGUUCUCCUGUGACAACGAGGGAGUCUUCCCAAAGACAACAAGAAGGGAGCAUCACAUCUGGAAAACCUGUACCUCAAGAGAGGAAGAGCACCCCUAAUCCCAGAGAAGUUGCAAACUCAAAAUCCCCGCAUACCACAGUCCCAGAACAUCUCCAUGCCAUGUCCCCUUAUGAACAUUUACUGCGUGGAGUAAGCCAGGCUGAACUCUAUCGCGGUCACAUACCUUUAGCAUUUGAUCCAGCAGCCUUUCCUCGAGGGAUCCCUUUGGAAGCAGCUGCCUACUACUUGCCCAGGCCUUUAACGCCUAAUCCUGGUUAUGCCCACCUUUAUCCACCAUACCUCAUCCGUGGGUACCCAGACACUGCUGCCAUGGAGAACAGACAAACCAUCAUCAAUGACUACAUAACCUCCCAGCACAUGCACCACAACGCUGCAACCGCCAUGGCACAGAGGGCAGACAUGCUUCGUGGGCUACCACCUCGGGAAUCCCCCCUGGCUCUCAACUAUUCAGCAGGUCCUCGAAGAAUCAUAGAUCUGUCUCAAGUGCCACAUUUGCCUGUCCUCAUUCCCCAGUCUGCAGCCUCCUCCGCUGGCACUAUGGAUCGGAUCACAUACAUCUCUGGAGGCCCCCAGUCCUUCAGCACCCGACACAGCAGCUCCCCGCACUCCCCAGCAUCCACUACACAUGUGACCAAGCAGACAUCGUCCUCUUCUGAGCGGGAGAGAGAGAGAGAAAAGUCAAUACUAGCAAACACAGUGGAGCAUGCGCCUAUAUGGAGACCAGGCACAGAGCAAAGCAGUGGGCGCUUGUCAGCACAAAGUCACAGCCACCAACACUCCCCAGGGUCACCGCGUACACAUGAAAACCUGCAGCAGCGCCCUAGCGUGCUACACAACACGGGAAUGAAGAACCUGAUGAGCAAUGCAGAUUGUGUGCCCUCCUCAGUAUUGCGAACGUCCACAAGUUCCUCACCUAUCCGAUCAUCAGUGCAAAUGGCUACUUCCUCUCAUCGUUCAACUAGUGGAACUGAGAGCUAUCCAUCUGUAGAACAUACCACAGUACAGAAGGAUCUUGCUAGGGCACGGGAGUCCAAGGUAGAGCGUCCUAGAACUGAAAACUUUUAUGCUUCCAAACUCCUGCCAGCAGCCAUGGAACAGACAUCGCCCGUAAAGGCCAUGGAGUCCAGGCAUCUGCCCACAACUGGGGCAAGUUCAGCUCACCUUUAUAACAACGGACAGGGGAAAAGCCAAUCGCACCAGCCCCUGGACCAGACUGCAGUUUCAGCCAGUGAGCAGCACAAUAGGGACAAGACCCAAAAUAAACCCAUUUCCAUGCAGGAACAGGAGCUCCGAGCACUCGGUAAGACCACCAUGACAGCGGCCAACUUCAUAGACGCCAUUAUCAUGCGUCAAAUUUCUUGUGAUAACGGGAAGCGAGAAAGAGGCUCGCUAAAUAUCGACGCCAAUAGUGAUGGAUAUUCCACAGCGUACAGCCCUGACAGACUUGAUACAGUGAGUCCCAUGAAUUCUCCAUCCAUGUCUCAUGAGAAGGCCAUCCGUACAGCUCUACUAGAAGCUGAAAAUUUACGAGUGGACCAGGAUCCGCGACAAAAACAAGUGCCCAUGAAGCAUAUGUCAGAAGGCCAUCUACGACAGAAAGCUGACGGCCAUCAGUCUCCAGGUCAUAUACAGCAGUCUUCAUCCCAUAUGAAAAACCAGCGAGUGGUCACCUUGGCUCAACAUAUUAAUGAGGUGAUUACCCAAGACUACACGCGACAUCAUCCGCAGCAGCUUCACCCACAAAUGCCUGCACAGAUGUAUUCUUACCCUGGAACCACAUGUUCUGUAUUGGAUCUGAGGCAGAACCCCAACGAUACAGUUCUUCAACAUCAGGAACUAAGUCAGGCCUCAAGACUUUCCCCAGGGAGCAAUGGAGAGAAACGAUCUCCUGAUCAAAACAAAGCAUCUACAUUGAGUGGAUCAGAAGAUGGUAUCGACCCCAUAUCUCCACGAGAGGGCAUGGGAGAGCCAGAAUAUUCUAGAGGUGCCACAUACCCCAUUUUAUAUAGAGAGGGAGAGCAAACAGAACCAAGAAUGGGUUCGAAAUCCCCAGGGAACAACUCACAGCAUCCGGCCUUCUUCAGUAAGCUGACCGAGAGCAACUCUGCUAUGGUUAAGUCCAAGAAACAGGAGAUCAUUAAAAAGCUUAGUACAACCAACAGGAAUGAGCCAGAGUAUAAUAUUGGGCAGCCCGGAACUGAAAUAUUUAACAUGCCGGCCAUCACUGGAGCAGGACCAAUCAGCUGCAGAAGCCAGUGUGUACCAGAAAACUCUAGCAGUAACAUGGGAUUGGAGGCCAUAAUUAGGAAGGCCCUAAUGGGUAAAUAUGAUGAGCAGUGGGAAGACCGCUCAACCCUCACUACCAAUGCUUUUAACUCUUUGAAUGCCAACGCAAGCCUGCCCUCUGCUAUACCCAUAACAGCUGUUGAUGGACGGAAUGACGACAUGCGAUCCUUGCCAGGCAGUGGUGGAAAACCUAAGCUGUCUUCGAGGCCAAGCAGCAGGAAGGCCAAGUCACCUGCACCAGGCCAGUCUUCAGGGGAGAGGCCACCCUCCGCUUCAUCUGUUCACUCAGAGGGUGACUGCAACAGAAAAACUCCCUUAACAAACCGAGUGUGGGAGGAAAGGCCGUCUUCAACAGGGUCAACACCAUUUCCUUAUAAUCCACUAACAAUCCGGCUGCCCACAGGUCUAGUUGCUGCUCCGCCCACCACAUCCAUUCCACAGAGUAACUCUGGAACCCCACAAAGGGCUCGGGAUGAAGAGCCCAAACCGCUGCUUUGCUCCCAGUAUGAGACACUUUCUGACAGCGAGUGAGUGUACGUGACCAGCCAAAGAACAGAGAAGCUCUUGACUGACACAACACGGCCAAUUAGACCGUUCAGGCUAAAGGCAGCCAAUGCGAUCUUAUGACUAAAAAGCUGAGAAAAAAAAGUCUAGUCUGAAAAGCCUUAAAACUACUCCCAAAUCUUCACUGGAGGAUUAGUGUUCCUACAGACUAUUUCUGGCACAAGAUUGCUCAGGAAGGAUGAACAGGCCCCAGACCUCGCAGAAGAUUAGAUAUUUCAGUUCUAUACUCAGGGGAUAUUUCCACCUGGUGCUUUGCUACAUUGCAUUGGUUUGUUAACAAAGUUGACUUGUAAGCGUGAUUACAUAUGUCUGUGUAAAUUGUAUAUGUAUAUAAAUGUGUUCAUAUGCACUUAAGAUGAUGAGAUAUAUAUACAUUCCAAUUUAUUGCACACAGAUCUAGCAGUGCAGAGCAGCUGCAUGCACGGCUAUUGCAGAACUGUUACUAGUUUGGUUAGGAUCCUGCAAAUGGUCCCCUAAACUUUUGAUGUGUCUCCUCAAUGUGGAGAGCACGUGUUAUGUUUCCCUCUGCCCUCACCUCUACGAUAAGAAUGUUCCGCUGAAGGAUUAUUAGUAACAUGGAAUAAAGAGACAAUGAAUUGCGCAAAAGCUGCAUGUAUUUUCCAUGGUUGCUGGCGUAUACUCACUGUAUAUUCUGGGGCACAUGUAACUACACAUACACUAAGUGUACGUGGGCGGCUCCAGAACAGCCUCUGAUGGUUUGGGAAUACCGCUAAUAACGCAGAAGACCUUCCUGCAAAAUGUUUCUUGUUGUUUUGUUUUUUUGGAAUAACCAUUGUCAGUUGUUUUUUUUUAUAUAGCACUAUCUUGCUACAGAAACAUUCUGUCAAAGCCAAACUCUAAUAACGGAAUUAGAGGAAUGUAUGAAAUUGUGCAUGAUCUAUGUAGAACUGGAGUGUGAUGGGAGAAUGAUGAAUUUUUAUCAAAUUAGACCUUCUCAAACCCAGGGAAAAAAAUCUGUGGGUAAACUGCGUUAACAGUCUGGUAGUGUCUGAUCCAGCAAGCAACAGGUUACAAGCAUAGACCUUUGAGACACUGAGAAAAUGUAUGGAAAACAGGGUAUGUUUUAACACAUUUUCAUUAACCCAUUUGCUGCAAAAGGAGUCCAAGAAUUAUUUAUCAUAAGUGAUAUGUUUUCUGAAUGAACAUUCACACGUCUGACGUCCUUGAGUUUCAGAAUGUAUUUAUUUUGCAGUUCGUCAUCAGACAAUCACGCCUCCGUCAUGUGCCUAUAGUGAUAGUCAGAUGAUAAAGGAGGAUACAAAGCAGUAAUAAUGUAUUUUAGUGUAAAACGUCUCUUUCCUAACCAUUGUUUUUGUUUUGUUUUUGCAUAUCUGCUAUUCAAAGUUCAUUGUAUUAUAUAUUAAAAUGAAAUUUAAAUUGAAACUAUCACUAAUAAUAGUUGAGCCACUUUUUUUUUAACUCACCAUUUCCUCUUGCUGAACUGCUGCUUGGAGCUGGCAGCAUUUUCCAUGUGUGUAGAGAUUCAACUUCAACACUAUCCAACCAAUGAGGGUACGUGCAAUAUUUCAAAGCCAUUUUAAAGUCCCAAAGAGGAAAGCACCAGUAGACUAUUAUUAUGUGUCUGGGAAAAUAUUUGGUCUGAUAGAAUAUUUUAUAAGUGUGUAAAUGUAAACAUUUAGGUAAACAAAAGCAGCAUGCUUUAGAAUAACAAAAUCUAUAUUUUAGUAUGUAGCAGAAUGUGUGUAACUCCAUAAAACAGAGAUAUUUCUUCCUCUUUAAAUAUCGAUUAAUGCACUACAACCCCUAUGCAUAUCAAAGCAUUGAUUUAUCACAAAUACAUAAAUAACCUUCCUUAAAUCAUUCUCUUGCAAGAAAAGGCUACAACAUGUAUAAUAUAAAGAUGAUGUGCUGUGUCACAUGCAAGGCCAUUGCAGAAGUCAUUGCAACCACUCUAUAUACUGUAUUUGUAUAACUGGUAGGAAACUGAGCACAGUGCUGGAACCUCUUGUUAUCAUCUUAAAUGGAUGAUGUUACUUACAAUCUUAUGAUAAAGUGCCUGGUAUUAUUUGUUACAUGUAACCAGUGUUGACUUGCAGACACUUUUAGCAGUACCUUAAUGAUGCAGACGGGAGUACUGAAGUGGUUUGUAUCCAUCAGCCAGAAAUUUUUUAGGAUCUCUUUGUCGCAUGCUGUCUGCAUUAUCCCAGAGUUCAGUAGUGAAUGAGGUCUCUAUUAUACAGUGUAUAAGCACCAGGUAACAAGGAGCUGAACACGUCCGGUAACAAGACCACAAUCAUCCAAAUAUUUAUUAAGUCGUUUAAUUUAAACCUUGAUGUUUAGCAAACAUAAUAACAAGUAUUUCAUGUGCCAUACAAGAGUAUUGUUAGUGUGUGCCUUGCUCUUACCAUUUCAUCGUCCUACUGUAAAGCUAAGUAGACUGAAUAUGCGUACCAGUGAUAAAGGUACUGUGCUCACUAUAACUACCUCUGUAGGACUUAGGCAAUUCUAUUUUAUACCAACAUACUAUGUCACCCCCACAGUAGGAUAAGACUUGGUUUAAAAGCUAAGUACUCUUUACAAUGCAGUGGUAAAGCUUAUCUAGUACGUUUGUAUGUCUCCUUGCAGCAUCAUGUGUAUGCAAUUUCUUUAGACUGUCCAGUAUUAAGAGGGGUUUGCAGUAUGUUUGUCUGGUGCUGUGUUAGCGUGUGCUAUUAGAUUCAAUGUGAAAGGACCUUAUCAGAAACUAGAACUUUGCAUGGUAAAGUUUAUCUGAACCUAGAUGUUUGAGUAGUACUGACGCACCACAAUGGGUAACAAAAACUUGCAUGGCUUAAGUGCCCACCGUCUGCACUUAUGUUUGAUCCUUUAUCCUCAUUUGAAUCAAGAUUUUGCCUAUCAUUAUGUUUGUCAUUAUGUCUGUUUCAAGUAUUUAGGACUUAUCCUGGGAAAGGUAUCAUUGCAGCAAAAGGGCUAAUACACUUUUAUUUUAGCCAGUACGUCUAAGCAGCAAGUAACACCUACCAACAAAAACGGUAUUAGACAUUGUGUAUCAACCAUCUUUUUUGAGUCCAGAAAUGUGUUUUAACCCCUUGAUGUAUUGCAUUUUGAGGAUCAUUUUAGCAGUUAUACAUUAAUAACCUGGUGAUUUGUACAAAUUAAAAAUAUAGGAUAAAAAAAUAAACCGUGAAACAGUAAGGGGUGAGGGCUAUAAAUGGUUAUUGGACAGAGACUUCAUUAUUUUGUACAUCCAAAUUGUGUAUAGGCGUAUUGAACAGCGUUGUAUGAUAGAGCGGAAUGUAAAUAUAACAGAGUUGUACAUAUUUAAUGCAACUUGUUGAAGGUUUGUUUUUUUUUUGUUUUUUUCUUCUAAUGAAAGUGAAAUUUUCGUUCACUUGUUACUUUAAGACCCCACAGCGAGCAUUGUGGGGAUAGCGGUGUAAAAACACUGCUUUACUGUUUAAAUAAUAAAAAAGCUUAUUGCCAGCAAAGCAAAA